AUGUUGUCUCAGACGGCUUUCUAUUUCAUUCCUCCAACAGCGACCCCCCAUCGCUUACCCCUGCCAUCUACCCUAUGCAGAGCUGAUGGUGUUACAAAGAAAAGGGCUUUCACAGAUUAUUUUCAAGAACUCAUGAAUCAGGAAGACUUUCCUAAAAACUAUAUUGGUUUCGUGAAGAGGGCUCUUGUUCUGUUAAAGAAAUAUUCUCUUAUUAAACGUGUAGAACUCCUGGUUGAAAAGACUGAGGAACCUGCAUCCAAUGAUAAUUUGCCACCAAUUAAGAGUUUUAUCACUGUGAUUACCCCAGAUGCAUACAAGUACCAGCUUGUCCCAGAAGUACCAGUUAGCAAUAAGACCUUCUUGACCUUUCAAGUAAAGGCUGCUGCUAAUGCUUAUCUUGCUCUUUCUGCAGUCUAUAGUGACUUGGAACGCAAGACACAUGAGAUUUUGAUUGGAGAAAAUAAUCGUAGGUCUAUGAUUCGAGAAGGCUCCUUAGGCCCAGUCAGAGCUGAAGCCAUGACAAUUAACAUUUUGAGUGACAGAGAGUUUCGCUACUUCUGGGUGAGCUGGUCAGGCCAUCAUGUAGAAGUUGGAUGUGGCAACAAACAGGGUCAAAGUAGGUUCCUACACUGGCAUGUUCCCCCCAACAAACAGUUCAAUGUCAACUGCUUGGCUGUUUCAACUGACAGACUUUCAAAAGGCCAGUGGGAAUUUGUUGAAAUGCUUGAUGCUUUCCCUGAUGAAAAAGAUCAAACGGAUAGUGACUGCAGUAGGGUUGCAAAAAAGGCACGACUAAAGUCUUCUCUUAUAUGGCUAGCUAAAAAACAGAAGAUGAUCCAAUGUCUUGAAGAUGCCUAUCCGAACAGUAUGUCAAUACAAGAUAUCUUAGUGAAUAGCAGAGUAAAGCAGUCAGAUAUGAUUACUGCUGUGGUCAUGUUGAAUGACCUCCAGAACCGAGGUCUUAUCAAAGAAGUUGACAAAGGAAUGUGGAUGCGUAUACCUGUGAGCCAACAGAACAAUCCAGAUGUUAAGAUGGUUGAAGAACUGCCAUUUUUGACCCAUCAGCAACAACCUUCAAUUGCCAUUAUUACUAGUUUGUACUGUGAAAAGUUGGCAGUUGAUGCUAUGAUUGAAGAAAAGGCCACUUUUGUGAAAUACAAAACUGACGGUGACUCUCAGGUUUACACACUGGGUCGCAUAGGCAAGCAUAGAGUGGUCUCAACAAAACUUUCAAAAGGUGGACCUCACCAGAAAUCCAUGAUUGCUGCUGAGAAUACCAUUACAAGAUUACUGGGUGUUUUUAGCCAUGUUGAGCAUGUCCUUCUGGUUGGUGUAGGAGGUGCAGUUCCUCAUUUUUCGGAUUUUGAAAAGCAUGUGAGGAUUGGUGACGUAGUGGUUUCCUUACCCAUUGAUAGGAGUGGAUCAAUUUAUGUGCAUUGUCAACGUGUGGAGAAGAUUCCAGGAUCCUGUGGCUACAGUUAUGUUACUAGAGCAUGGAGCAGUGCCACGCAGACUCUCCAGAAAGCAGUCAAUGUUUUACAGAGAAACGUAGAGAGAAAUCCACACACAGCCAAGCCUUGGGAUUUCUACAUUGAAGAAGGCAAGGAACUUCUUGAAAAUGAAGAGUCCGACUUCCACCGUCCGUCCAUAACAAGAGAUAAGCUUCUGUUUACACAGCCAAAUGGAACUGUUGUACAAUAUGAACACCCAAAACCUACAGGUCUUGCAUCUCGGAAUUAUACAGAAGGUCAAGUAACCAUAAGAUAUGGUUUAAUUGGCUCAGGCGGUCUGGUAACCCGUAACCAAGAAAUGCGUAAUGAAUUUGCCCAGUUGAACGGCAUCAAGGCUUUCGACUUGGAAUUUGAGGCCGUUCUUGACUCCCUAGAGGGAAACAGGAAUUGCAGCUUCCUUAUAAUUCGUGGAAUGGCAGACUAUGGUGAUGGUACUGGAAAGAAAGGUUGGCAGCCAUAUGCUGCCCUUGCUGCUGCUGCUUAUACAAAAUCACUGCUGACGGUUUUGGAAUAA